AUGGCUGUUAUAGUUGAUACUAUGAGAGAUAUAAAUAAUAUCUUGAAUAAAUAUGAAGAUUCAAGGACUUCAAACUGGCUAUUUAUGUCAAGUCCAUUUUACACAUUGGGAAUAUGUCUCACAUACGUAUAUGUAGUUAAGGUACUAGGACCAAAAUUUAUGGAAAAUAGGAAGCCCUUCCAAUUGAAAAAUACUCUCAUAGUAUAUAACUUUCUACAAGUUGUUUUUAGUAUAUGGUUGUUUAGUGAAAUAGGAAAAGGUGGAUGGUUAACAGGAGAAUAUAGUUUAAGUUGCCAGCCAGUCGACUAUUCCAAUAAACCAAGCACACUCAGGAUGGUACAUGCAUCGUGGUGGUACUACUUCUCCAAAUUCACCGAAUUCAUGGACACUAUUUUUUUCGUACUGAGGAAGAAGAACGAUCAGAUUUCCACUCUACACGUCAUCCAUCAUGGAGUUAUGCCAAUGUCAGUGUGGUUCGGUGUGAAAUAUACUCCAGGUGGCCAUAGUACAUUCUUCGGAUUCCUGAACACAUUUGUGCAUAUUGUGAUGUACACUUACUACAUGCUGAGUGCUAUGGGACCACGUGUACAGAAGUAUUUGUGGUGGAAAAAAUACCUCACUUCAAUGCAAAUGAUUCAAUUCGUCGCCAUAAUGAUACAUGCGUUCCAGCUUCUCUUCAUCAACUGUAACUAUCCCCGUGCGUUCGUAUGGUGGAUUGGUAUGCAUGCUGUCAUGUUCUUCUUCCUCUUCAAAGAGUUCUACAAUCAGACAUACAACAGAAAAAGGAUGAACUCAGCGAAAUCUCAAAAUGGCGCGAUCCAAAAUGGCGCCGCUCAAAACGGAACUGUUCAAAACGGCGUUGUUCAUAAUGGCGUUGUCCAUAAUGGCGCUGUCCAGAAUGGAUGUGUUCAAAAUGGAGACGUCCGAAAUCGCGCAGUUCAGAAUGGCAUCAAACAAAAUGGUGCCAUUCAAAAUGGUACUAGCAAAAUUACUAAUGUCAGUGAGUACUACAUGAACGGGACAGACGUGAAUCAAAGGCUGAAAUCGGAUUGA